AUGGCAAAGGAUAUUGUGAACAGAGGGGCAGAACUUGUUAAGGAUAUUGUAAACAGAGGGUCAGAAAUGGCAAAGGAUACUGUGAACAGAGGGGCAGAAAUUGUUAAGGAUAUUGUAAACAGAGGGUCAGAAAUGGCAAAGGAUACUGUGAACAGAGGGGCAGAAAUUGUUAAGGAUAUUGUAAACAGAGGGUCAGAAAAGGCAAAGGAUACUGUGAACAGAGGGGCAGAAAUUGUUAAGGAUAUUGUAAACAGAGGGUCAGAAAUGGCAAAGGAUACUGUGAACAGAGGGGCAGAAAUUGUUAAGGAUAUUGUAAACAGAGGGUCAGAAAUGGCAAAGGAUACUGUGAACAGAGGGGCAGAACUUGUUAAGGAUAUUGUAAACAAAGGGUCAGAAAUGGCAAAGGAUACUGUGAACAGAGGGGCAGAAAUUGUUAAGGAUAUUGUAAACAGAGGGUCAGAAAUGGCAAAGGAUACUGUGAACAGAGGGGCAGAACUUGUUAAGGAUAUUGUAAACAGAGGGUCAGAAAUGGCAAAGGAUAUUGUGAACAGAGGGGCAGAACUUGUUAAGGAUAUUGUAAACAAAGGGUCAGAAAAGGCAAAGGAUAUUGUAAACAGAGGGGCCGAAAUUGUUAAGGAUACUUUGAACAGAGGGUCAGAAAUGGCAAAGGAUACUGUGAGAAGAAGGGCAGAAUUUGUUAAGGAUACUGUGAACAGAGGGGCAGAAAUGGCAAAGGAUAUUGUAAACAGAUGGGCAGAAAUUGUUAAGGAUACUGUGAACAAAGGGUCAGAAAUGGCAAAGGAUACUGUGAACAGUGGGGCAGAAUGGUUUUAUACGGUGAAAAGUGGGAUAGAAAGGGCUUAG